GCUUAAUUUCGAGAUUCGUCGAUAUCAAUGUACACGUAUUUCUUCGUGUAUUUCCAGGGUGUUGUGUUCGGUGUUCCUGCCAUAAUAAUAACAUUAAAAAGUGCAAGAAAGCUUGCUUUGCUGUGGUGCGCCGUGGCCAUGACGGUGGGCAUUAUAGCCAUACUUGUAGACAUGACCACUGUACAGACGUUACCUGUAGAAAGUCGCUGCCAAACCACCACCACGAUAUCACCCAUAACAUCUUCAGUCGCUUACGACAAAGCUCUUGACGUCAUUGGCGAUGACCUAAGCGACCCUCCUGGUGCGAUGUUCCAAACUCCUCUUCUCCUGACAUUGGUGCUGAUGAUGACAUUUAUCUGCUUCGAGGCGUUGUAUAUGGGUCCCAUUAACAUGUUCAUAGCGUGUCAUAGGUGUAUAUGCUGCGAUCCCGAGACUAUCCCUUACCUUGGUCACAGGGAAGAAUCAUCCAGCGCACAUGUCACAUGA